UGUGUGUGUGUAAUUGAGCAGCAGUAGUUUGAUGUAAUGGAGGGGAUGGGCGAGUCAGUCCGCCUACUCGGGCUUUGUGUUGAUGUUCAGGCGGUGCAACAGCGCUGACAGUCCGCGACCAGAGCAGCACCAGAGAACAGCAUUCCCAACACCCAUCCUCCACAAAGACAGGAAGAGAGGGAGAGAAAGAGGACAGACGGUGUUUUGGGCGAUUUGACUGUAAGGGAGUGGAGCUGGACUGAAUCAUGGCCACUUCAACGUCUUGCACGGGCUCCACACUGCUGCAGCCGAUUAGCAAGAUUAUUGAUCUGCCACUGGACCAGGUGAACUUUGUGGUAUGCCAGCUCUUCGCCCUGGUCACGGCCUUCUGGUUCAGACUCUACCUGCACCCUAGCAAGACGAGUCCCUUCAUCCGGCAUGUAGUCGCCACCCUGCUGGGCUUCUAUUUGGCCCUGUUCUGCUUUGGCUGGUAUGCCUUACACUUUCUGGUACAGAGCGGUCUCGCUUACGGCGUUAUGAUCUUCACAGGCGUGGAACACAUGCACAAAUACUGCUUUGUGGUUACGCUGGGAUAUCUCAGUUUCUGCCAGGUCACAAGAGUCUAUGUGUUUGACUACGGCAUGUACUCAGCAGACUUCACUGGGCCCAUGAUGGUCAUCACACAGAAGAUCACAAGUUUGGCCUUUGAGAUUCAUGACGGGUUGAUGAAGAGGGAGGAGCACCUAAAGCCCAGUCAGAAGUAUCUUGCAGUCAGGAAGAUGCCCAGUCUGCUGGAGUAUCUGAGUUAUAACUGUAACUUUAUGGGGAUCUUGGCCGGCCCAACCUGCUCCUAUAAUGAUUACGUAGCCUUUAUAGAAGGCCGAUGCUACGAGCCCAAGCACCUGGAGUCAAACGGCAAAGAGAAUGGGAAAUUCAAGCAGAGUGACCCUUCACCUAAGGGUGCAAAAAUGAUCCAGAAAGUGUGCACGUGUGCUCUGUCACUAAUGGUUUAUUUGGUGAUCUACACCGCCUGCCCUACGGAGCGCGUCAUCAACAACACCUUUAUGGCCUCUAACCCUUUCUACAUCCAGGUCUUGUACCUCUACAUCUCCAUGUUGGCUUUACGCCCCAAAUACUACUUUGUAUGGACGUUAGCCGAUGCCAUCAACAAUGCAGCUGGUUUCGGGUUUAAUGGCUAUAACACAGAUGGCACCCCAAAAUGGGACAGAAUAUCAAACUUAAGAAUACUCAAUAUUGAGUUCGCCACCAGCUUCAAGAUGUUCUUGGAUAACUGGAACAUUCAGACAGCACUUUGGUUGAAAAGAGUGUGUUAUGAGCGCUGCCCGUACAAUCCGACUGCGGCCACAUUCCUCCUCUCAGCCAUCUGGCACGGAGUUUACCCAGGGUAUUACCUGACCUUCAUCACAGGCAUUGUUGUAACAAUGGCAGCACGGGCAGUAAGACACAAUGUGAGGCAACACUUCCUGGGCUCCGCCACGCUCAAGCUCAUGUAUGACGUGAUCACGUGGUUCAGCACACAGAUGGCCAUUUGUUACACUGUUGUGCCCUUUGUACUGCUGGCAGUGGGGCCUUCACUAAAGUUUUAUAGCUCGUGGUACUGCUGCAUUCACCUGCUCUGCGUCUUGCUGGUGCUGGUUUUACCCGUGAAGUCCAGACGCACGAAACAACAGGCCAGUGAACACAACUGUCUCUCCUUUCCUGACAACAACUGCAACCAGAAGCAGAAAGCCACAUGAGGGCAGGAAGGGCUGCUCGACCCGCACACAGCGCUGUGAGGAACUCUGAUAUCAAUACUGAGAGACACAGAGCGGCCAUUUCCUCCCUUAGAUCCAACGACACUGACAGAGACAUAAACUCCAGCAACAAUACAUCGAAAAGAGACCGUUAGUCGCCCUGUUGGAGAUGGGUUUUAAACAGGAAAUCUUCAUAGGAUCAUAUGAAAUUGGGUGAUUGAUUAUUAAAAUGGUGAAUAAUUGAUUUCAUUGCCAGUUAAUCUGAAGUUGCCUUAAACACUCCAUAUAUUUAGGGCCUGAAGCCUCGUAUGGGGAUCGUGUUACAUAGGAACGGACCAGUCAUUGUUGGCUUACUGAUUCACUACAUUAGUGCAGGAAGUCUAGCACUGGAAUCAACUUCUACGGUACCUAGAAGGUUUCUGCCAUUGUCAGUUUAACAAAGUAACCUCUCUUUUAGUUCUUCUCAAAGGAAAUGUGUGUGGUAAAUGAUAAGAAACCAGUUGCGUGUUGCCAAACUUAUAGGCCUUAGGUUCCUAUCUCUUGCCUUUGUUUCAUCUUUAUUCUUUCUUAAUUUCUGUGGGUUUCUAGUAGGUUCAUAUCUGCUGCUUUCUUUCUCAGCCUUUGUCAACAUCUUUGGAACAAGGGUCAACCGUAAGAGUGUGUUGUCAUUUGGAAAAUUUUUGUUUAUUAUUAUUAUUAUUUUUUUUAUUUUGGUUGGAUUAAGGGUUAUAUUAAUGCUCUUUUUUAAUGGGUUGUAGGUUUCCUCAGGGCGCACAGGUCUUGUUUUAGACCAUUUUAGAUUUUCCUCUAACAUCUGUGUUUCUCCCGCAACAUAGAGCCCGUCUGGAGAAGACAGUUCAAUAAUAUUCAAUACCACAGCUUGUUUGUGUUUUUAUGUUACAGACAGAUAUGGUAAGUGCAAUAACUGUAUUGUUUCCUUAGGUGCAUGUUAAUGGAAAAAGCUUUGCAAACAGUGCUAAUGCUCUUAUCACAUCAACAAUAGUCAGAAUUUUGUAGUGGUUCAGUAUUUAAGUACAUUACCAGCAAAAAGUUGGGACAAAUCAGAUUUGUUUCUCUUGAUCUUAAAAACCUGUUGAUCUAAAGGUGUAUGCUUGAAAUGAGUAAAUAUGAUUAUAAAUUGUGCCAACAUAGUAAUUCCUUAAAACUAAAAUAUGUAGUUUUAAUAAGUGUUUUUUAUUUAUCUUU